AUGGCAAAGCUCAUCAUCUUCGCAGCCACUUUGACAGCCUUUCUCCUCCUAGUUGACGCCUCCAUUCACAGUACUACAGUGAUCAUCGAUGAGGAAAACCCCAGGCGAUCAGAAGAAGACUGUCGCGACGAGUUGAUUAGGGCACAAGAUCUCAAGCAUUGCCAGGAAUAUAUUAUGCAAGAAGCGAGCUCACGGGACGGCCUUGACAUUAACCGAAGAGAGGAGGAACGUCUUGACAGGUGUUGUGAUCAGCUAAGACAGAUGAGAUCCACGUGCCGCUGCUAUGGCCUCAGGAAGGCUGUUAAGAGUGCGCCAAAGCAGAGGGGUGUCGGACGAAUGGAUUUUGAUGAGGCUGCGAGUGUGGCCCGUAGCCUUCCCGGCGAUUGUGGUAUGGAACAAGAAAGUUGUGAAUUUGGUUCGCCCUACAGAAUGUAA